AUGCCGCCGCCGCGAUUAGUUAUGAGCUUAUGCCUCCGCAUGCGUGUUGGACAGGUACGUCAUUUCCACCGAGUUUCCAUUUCUAAAAGGGUAAUUUUACUUGCCCCUGAUAAACUCAGUCACACCAGAUUUACGGAUCAUAGGCACGUCUUGUCCGCCACAAAUCUCACGUUUAUUCGACACAGCAGUGGCGAUGGUCGUGAACAGCCGGAACUACUCUCAUCGGUCAACAGUGAACCCGUGGAUCUGACCGAAGACGUUAUACCUGAUGCACCAGAAGUGCCUAUUGAAGCGGCAGUCGAACAAGUCGCAAUAGCAUUGAAUGCAUUAGGUGAACAGACACUACAAAGUGCAGGACUUGGUUCUUUCACUCCUGUAGGAUUAUUACAAAAUGCUUUAGAAUUUAUGCACGUAUCUUGUGGUUUACCCUGGUGGGGUGCCAUUAUAGCAGGUACUACCAUAUUGCGUUUAUUGGUUUUUCCUUUAGUAGUUACGUCUCAACGCCAUACUGCAAGAAUGAAUAAUAAUAUGCCUCAGAUUCAAGCAUACCAAGAAAAAAUGACAGAAGCCCGAUUACAUGGAAAUCCUUAUGAAAUGGCAAGGGCUUCACAAGAACUUAUGUUAUUUAUGAAAACGAAUCAAGUAAACCCAUUGAAGGGUAUGAUACUACCAGCUAUUCAAUUUCCUAUAUUUUUAAGUAUGUUUUUGGGAUUACGAGGUAUGGCAAUGUUACCUUUAGAAAGUUUCAAAUAUGGUGGUCUCUGGUGGUUCUCAGAUAUUACGUUGCCUGACCAGUAUUUCAUAUUGCCUAUUGUUACUGUUAUUACUCUUGGAGUGACAUUAGAGCUUGGAGCAGAUAUUGGUAAACUUGCAUCCUCUGGUGUAGGAUUUGGAAAAUAUUUGAAAUAUGGAGUUCGUGUAUUACCUCUUGUUGUGUUUCCUUUUAUUGUGAAUUUCCCAUGUGCAGUAUGUUUAUACUGGGCGUCUACUAACUUUAUUUCACUAGGCCAAGUACUAUUUUUGAAAAUACCAAGUGUAAGGAAUUAUUUUAAUAUAGAAGAAAAGAGGAAUGUAGAAAAACCGAAGUCAAAAAAGAAAGGAGUCAUCGGAGAGUUUAAAGAAUCAUGGAAAAAUAUGCAAGUCGUAAAAGAAAUUGAAGAAAGGGAACGUUUAGAUCAUAUGAAAUUUACACAAGCCGGUCGAGCAGCACCGGUUAAGACGUUUAAAUAUAAUCCAAAAAUUGUUGGAGGCAUCAAAAAGGAAAAUUAA